CCCUGAUGCCCCUAGUUCUGGUCUGUGUUCGCCUAUGGCUGGUAGUACGCAGGCUAGUGCAGGCAUAGGAGAUGCGUUCAUGUUGGCUGUGUCACUUAAACACAGACUGGCGAAUGAGCAGCGUUUCUCGUCGUCUAAUUUAUCUAACCCCAACUCGGCCGGGCGUUUGGCGCUGCCUGAAACGGCCGCACAGGUGCUGAGGAGUGAGAAUGACUUCAACGACGCGGAGGUGGCGCUGCACAUGUACACAGGCAUCACCAACACACGCUCCUUCCAACACACAGCCGAGAGAGUCAGUGAAGGGUUGCUGCAGGGGCGAGUGACGGUGGUCUACGAACAGGACGAGAUGGAUGAGAACGGCGACCAUGAAGCAGGCUUUGGAUUGGUCCGUGUGCGCUCGACCAGCAACAUCGACAACCUCAGCGAAGUGGACGAUUUGUUGAAAGACAACUCCUUUGCCUUCGCUUCUCCGCACAGUUUAGCGCCUGUGGCCCAACCGAAGAGAUUGCGAAAGGGGUCCAAAGGCAAACACCACAGUGCCAACGAUUUGUCCGGGGACAGUAAUGGGGCGAACAACCGCUCUGGGCGCUCAUCGGGGCGGCAAAGGGGAAACAGUGGCGAACCCAACACCGCCAAUCAGGACCAGGACGGGUGGACAACACCCAAGAAACUGCCAGCGAAGAAACGGGGCAGUUUAGUACUCAACAACAAAUACAACGGACGACGACAAGCACACGCACAGCAGAAACGACAGACCAUCACAAUCAAUGGUUCCUUCGAGGAUGUCAACAUAGCGAGGAUCGAACUGCUCUCCGCCGCAAUGACCCAGACGAUGAAUCGUCGCAAGUCAUAUUACUAUCCACCAGGAUCACUCAAGAACACCAUGGGACGAGUGCAGAUAUUUGUCGACCACUCGAAUCUAUUCUUUGGCGCGCAAAUGGUGCGGAGUAAUGUGGAUGAUCAGGGCGGCUAUGUGGCCGAGAGACGCCUGCGACUGUGUGUCAAACAACUUGUGCGACUAAUAGAGAAGGGCCGGCAA